UCAUUUCUAAGGAAUAAACGCGCAAGAGAACAGAGAAUGUUCUUUUUGGCGCUUCUUCUUCUUGGAGGUAUCUCCUGUUCUCCAGCAGCCAAGAGAUCUCAAUAUGGGCUCAUCGUGUCCCCCAAUUACCCGAAAACAUAUCCCAACAACAAUCACAGCACCUGGAAUAUUGCCGUCCCCGAUGGAUACCACAUCUCUUUGAAGUUCCUUGUAUUUGACAUCGAGCCAUCAGAUGGUUGUACCUAUGACUUUGUUAAGGUUUGGGCAGACGACAAGGAACUGGGGCAGUUCUGUGGCCCACCAAAGUCUAAAUCUCACCCUGGUCAUCGUCUUUUUGUCUCUGAAGGCAAACAAAUGAGACUUGAAUUCCAGUCUGACUUUUCCAAUGAGGAGCAUGGCUCCACCAUCCUUUACCCAGGAUUCCAAGCCUACUACCAGGCAGUGGACAAUGAUGAGUGUGCUCUGCCCAAUGAUAUCAGUGCGUCAUGGACCCCACCAUGUCCAGCAUGUCUGCCACAACUAUAUAGGGGGCUACGUCUGCUCCUGUCUGCCAGGAUACAAACUACAGAAUGACAAGAGAACCUGCAAAGUGGAUUGUAGCAGUCAGCUGUUCACGGAGGAAUCUGGAUACAUCUCCAGCCCAGGAUACCCCAAGCCAUACCCUGCAGACCUCAACUGCAACUACAGCAUCCGCGUGGAAGAAGGGUUCCAAAUUUCCAUCUCUUUCGUGGAAACCUUUGACAUAGACUUUCACCCGCGGGCUCCAUGUCCCUACGACACUUUAAAGGUGUUUGCCGGCGGCACCCUGCUGGGUACGUAUUGUGGACGGAAGUCUCCUGGAACUCUGAAGACUCUGAGCAACAAGGUGGACAUCCUAUUCCACACUGAUGACUCCGGUGACAGCAAAGGGUGGAAACUGCGCUACACGACCCAAACUGCCAAAUGUCCAACUCCCACCACCCUGGAUACAUUUUCCAUUGUCAGUCCUGUGCAGAGGGAGUAUCAGAUGAGAGACUAUAUUGUGGUGUCUUGCAAAACAGGAUAUCAGCUGAUGGAGAAUGACAAGGAACUGAAGACCUUCACCUCCCUCUGUCAGAAAGAUGGAACCUGGCACCGUCCUAUGCCCCGAUGUCAAAUCGUAAGCUGUAAAAGUCCGGAUGAUCUGCGCAAUGGUCAGUACGCCUUCCUGACCGAGCUGAACACACUGACGUACCUCUCCGCCAUCACCUACAGCUGUAACGAGCCGUUCUACAAAAUAGUGACUCAGAGAGACAGCGCUAAGUUCACCUGUACAGAGGAUCGAAUCUGGAAGGAUGAGAACGGGGGAGCCAUUAUUCCCAUAUGUGUGCCAGUGUGUGGAAAGCCUUCGAAUCCCAUCACCGGACAUGGCCGCAUUAUCAAUGGUGACAGCGCAGAACUGGGGAAUUUUCCUUGGCAAGUGUUACUGCGCACAACUGGGCGUGGCGGUGGCAUUCUGAUAGGAGAGUACUGGGUGAUGACAGCUGCUCAUGUGAUAAAUAAAGAUGAAGAAAACCCAGAUAGCGUCAACAACAUACAUGUUUUCAUUGGUGACACGGAUGUGGAGAAGCUAAUCAGUAUAGGUAAUUUAGCAGUUCGGGAAGUUCAUGUUCAUCCAAGUUACAUCUCUGGGUACCAUGACCAUGACAUUGCUUUGAUUCGCCUCAAAGAGCCCGUAAUCAUGAAUGAGAACACCUCUCCCAUCUGCCUCCCUGAAGACGGCGAUGAGUCCUUGUAUGAUGCCGGUACUGUGGGGUAUGUAAGUGGAUUUGGAAUGACGGAGCGGCACAAAAUUUCAGAUAUUUUGAAAUCUGUGGCUUUGCCCAUGGUUCAAAGGGACAAAUGCCGUAAACAGCUAGUAGAAAAACAAAGAAACAUGGGUCCAACCAGUAAAAUCAAAAAGGAAAAAUUCACAGACAACAUGUUCUGUGCUGGUUAUGCUGAAGCUAAUAAAUUGCAGAAAGACUCAUGCCAAGGAGACAGCGGGGGGCCAUUUGCCUCCAUAAGCGAGGACAAGUGGGUGGCCACAGGUAUCGUGUCUUGGGGCAUUAGUUGUGGUGUUGGCUAUGGGUAUUACACCAAAGUCAGCAAUUACAUUGAUUGGAUAAAAGGCCACCUGAACAGUUAA